AACCAAUCUGUUACAGGCUCCACCCAAGUUCUUCUCUCCUUAUCCUUACUCCACUUUCUGCCUCAUAUACCACUUCUGACCUCAUAAUCCCUCAACUGCAGCCUCAGGCCCCACCCCUAGGGAAUGCUGGUUAUCCACAACUGCUAAUAACUCUCUCCACCUGCCCAGUCUGGGCCUCCUCAGCCUAUGAGAUCCAUCUGACUCUCCAGUCCGCCAACCCCAUGGGUCUACUUGGUUCUCUAAGACCUCCUAAACACCCUCCUUCUCCAUGACUCAUCAGGGUACUCUCCAAGCAGUGACACCAUCUUGAGAGCAUGUUCAUCUUCAUCAAACAUGGAGAUAAUCAGCAGUUUCUGGUCAAUGUCAAUUGCUCUGUCCUCCUGUUGCUACAUUACACCCGAAAUAAAGUGGGGUUGCCUAAAACAGACACCAUCGACUUGUGUGAUGAAACGGGGACAAUGAAGUUGCUUUUCCUGAUGAAGACCCCUGGAGACAAUGCCAGCAAAUUCCUUACAGCUCGAAGCACCUAUUACGUUUGUAAGGUGGAGCGUGGGGCACCAGGGACAAGACUUGAGAAUUCCUACAGAGCUUUCGUGCCCCUCCUGAAGAAUCCAGAGCCUGAGCUAAUUGAUGCCCUGCGCACACAAUGUGACUUCCUGGAGAGAAGCAGAGUGAAGUUGCUUAGAACCCAAGAAGCCAAGAAGGUCGUUCCAAUUGAAUCUUCUGUGAACCUCCCACCCAAAUCACCAGGAAAAUCAGAUGAAGAGGCGCCCACUCGCAGGGGUCCGCUCUUUAAGACCAGAGCAGACUUUCUCAGUAGGAGGGAUAAACAUCGCUAACUCAAUAAAGUGACCAAGUGAGAGCAGUA